AUGACUCUCGACCAAAAUACUUAUAGUAAGGAACUGCUGGAAACCACUGGUAUGUUAAAUGCCAAAGGAGCUUCAACACCUUUAGACCCAGGAAUGAAAUAUGUUCAUGCAACAGAAGAUACUAUGUUGAAUGCCGAAGAAGCUUUGAAGUAUAGACAAGCUGUCGGAGGACUCUUAUAUUUGGCAGGGGGAACAAGACCUGAUUUAGCUUUUGCUACAACAUACAUGAGUCAAUUCAACAGUUGUCCAAGCAAAGAACACUGGGCUGGUGUGCAGCAUUUAUUACGUUAUCUAAAGCAGACCAAAGACUUGAAAUUAGUUUUUCAAAAGACAGGAAAGAAUAUUGAAGUAUUUUGUGAUUCUGACUGGGCUAAUGACAAGAUUGACAGACGGUCAUUCAGUGGCUAUGUGGUAUUGCUUGCAGGUGGAGCUGUUUCUUGGAGUAGCAAGAAACAGAGAACAACUGCUCUUUCCACAGUUGAGGCCGAAUACUUCUCAAUGUGCCAUGCUGCAAAAGAGGUUCCUGGAGUCACUGAUUGUAUAUCGGAAAUCGAAAAGAACAUGCUGUUGAGUCGUCAAGAGUAUUUAGGGUUGGACAGAUGUGGAAGAAAAUAUUGGUUUCUUUGCAGGAGGAUAGUUGUGGAGGGUGAUGAUGGUGCAUAUUACUACACUACCAAGCUUCAACUUCAAGAGCUCCUUGAAGUCCUAGAUUCAUCAGACUUGGAAUAUGAUUUGUAUCGGGUCAUAGAAGAUAUAAAGGAAGAAAUUACUCGGCAGAUGGAUUUAACUGAAAAGUUGACCAACAGUGCUAAAGGAAAUAAAAAGUCAUACUUAGAAAUUGAAAAUGCUGCCUUAGCUAAGAUUCAAAGUGAAAGAGCUAUUCAAAGAGCUAAAGAGGCAGAAGAGAGGCGCAGGGAGGCUGAGAGAGAAGCAGCAAUGUUGGGUGCUAAUGUCUCUAAUGAGCAGAUAUGUUCUUCUGAAAACAAUCUUUGGAUGAACUUAAAUGAUUCCGUUAGUGUUAAUCAGUUACACACUCAGCAUGAAGAUCAAGGAAAUAUUAACACUGAGUUGAAAAUGGAUGAUAUUUCAUCAAAUCUAAAACCAGAACCAGAAAGAAAGCUAGAAGAAGAAGAUCCAUUGCAAUUGGGCUUGAGUAACAGCAUUGAUAGGCCUUUAGAUGACCAUGAAGGUUUAGAAGCUCAAUCAGAAGUUGUAAUAAAUGAUGAAAAUACAUGCUCUAAUGAGGUAGAAAUCAGCAGCACCAUGGAAGGAAUAGAAAGCAACAGCGAGUCUCAUGAGGAAUCCAGUAACGAGGCAGUGGAGUCAUCAAUAGCCGACGACCAAAAAAAAGAAAGUGCGGAAAAUAGCGAGAAAACAGAUGACUUGGAAGCAAAGAAAGGUGUAAAUUUAAAAAUAUUUGCCAAGGGUGGAAAGGGAAAUUUUAUUAGGGUUGAACGUAAAGAUGAUGAUGAUACUGACAGUCAAAAGGCUGGUGUUAUCACUCGUUCCAAGACAGGUGCCCUGACGCCUCGCAAUUUCGCUAGCGAUAAUUUCGUCAAAACUCGUAAAAAUGGCGAAGAAUCUAUUAUAAUAGUUAGUAAGGAUGGUGAAAUAACACGCAUGACUACUCGUUCCAAAAGCAAUGCACCCAACGGUGGUGGACCCACUCUAUUUCGACUUGGAAUGGAGAACAGUGGCAAGAACUACACAAACCAGUUUGCAAUCAACAACUUGGCUCUUAAUAAGCACCAGCAUGCUGAAGAUAGAGAUAAGAAGAGGCACCUGUCUCACAAGUUUAGUCUCACGAUGGCGAGUGAGUUCAAGUGGCAAGGAACUACUCAUGGUGAUCGUAGUUUUACUGUCGCUACUCUUCGGCAAGCCAUUUUGCAGCUUGAGAAUAACAUCCCUGCUUACCUUUUACAUGCAUAUUGGACAAUACACCGUAGCAAUUGGUUGAAAGCUGUUAACAAAUGUACUUUUCCCAAAGAGUUUGCUUUAGCUUUGAGUAUUUUAGAAGCAGUCAUGAAACCCGUCCUCUUCACUACAGUUUGGAAUGAUUCUUUGGGUCAUGUUAAGCUGCAACGAACGACAGCACUUGAUCGUGAGGAACGGAAAAAGCAAGAGAAACGUGAAAAAAGGGAAGGUCCUGAAGAAGAAAUUGAUCGAACCAUGUGGGUCAAAUAUACCUUGGGUUUAAAACAUCAGGUAUGGAAGCAAAAAGGAGAAGAAUACCGUAUCAGUGGUCAAGGAGGGUGGAGAUACAUCAGCUACAUGAGAACAUACCGAUUCAAACCUUGUUCCGAACUAGGUUUGAGAGCAGGCCCGGUGAAAGUUAUAAAAUGUGAAAAGGAUUCUGAUCCACAAACUUACGACACUAAAGAUUUCCUUAAAACUUUUGGUUCAGAUAUAGAAGAAAGUAAUUGUAACAUGUUUAGUGAACAGUUUAAAGAAAUGUUUCAUGGAGAGAAAAUGUUUCCAUUCUUGGAAGAUGAUGCAGUUGACAUUGAGGGCAUUAAACAAGAACCAAGUGAUAUGUCUGAAGCAAUUGAUUGCAAGCCUGUUAUGAAGAAAAAAUAUGUGCCCAAAAAUGCUGGUGUUCUCACAUCUUAUCGUUUGAAUCCUCAUCUAGAUAUAGAUUUAGUAAACGUGUCUGAAGCAUUAAUUGACAAAAAUCGUAUGGUUUAUCCUAGAAUUCCUAAAGGCAGCAAGUUGGAUGAAUUUCUGGAUAUUCGACUGAAAACCAUCGAAGCAGAAGAGAAAGCUCCCGAUCCUGCUGAGAAAAAAAUAACCCCCAGCUUGUUUAAACUUGAAGUCAAAUCGAGCAAUCUUGCUACACCAAACAGUGUAAAACUGUAUGUUAAAAAAGGAGCAACGGCCAGUGACAUCUCUCGAGCAAUAGCAAAUAAACUUGGGAGGCGUGAUAUCCUCAAACCAAAGUUGGCUAAGAGCUUGUCCAACGGUGAACUCGUAAUUGGAGAUACAGAUUCCGGUUUAAAAAUACCCACGAACACUUCACUCAUAAGAUCGCCAAGGAGGUGUUAUUCUCCUCUUUGCAGAAUUGAAAGUGCACAGCUGAAGUUGGGUGCAUCCUGCAACUGUUAUUCCCCUUCUUGCCGCACCUUCAGGGCGGGUCAAGUGAUCAUAGUCAAAGCUGCCUCCGAACAGUCUCUCACAAAGUUUAACAUCAUAAAUGCUGCUGGCCUCGACAGAAAAAUCAUCACAGGCAAGGAUUCAUCCGGAAAUGAUACCGUUCUCAUCAAGCACCUGAAUUGCGGAAUCACGAACGCUGAUAUGAAAAAUCGCAGUUCCCCUCCUCCACUUCAACCCCUGGUCCCAAAAGUGGAAAAAACAGAAAGCGAAGAAAAGGUUGAUGUUAAAAAUGUCGCAGAUGUGAAAAACCUUCCUGCUCCUAAAAAAGUAAAAGGUACCAGUGGAAAAGCAUUUUUAGGAAAAGCUAGGACAACCAAAAAGACUAAAAAAAUAGGGAAAGGUGUCUUACCCCCUUGUAAUAGGUUUACAACUCCAGCCAAAAUCAAAAGCAUCUUGGCUUUGCCCCCGCACGAAUUGAGGAAGCUAAGCAGAAAAUCAGGUUUCCGUGAAUGUGCUGGCUUUAAUUACAGUGCUAAGAACAACCAGUACAUCUGGCCCUAUGGCACCUGUCCUCGGCCAUCAUUUAAAUCUGCAUGGCAGUUUAGGACUCAAACGCUCUCCAGCAUUCAUGAAGCUGCUCUGCAAUUAAGAGUAAUUUGGUCUUGCAUUCGGUGGGACGAUGUGCAAGCCAAACCUCCACCCAGUGGCACGAACACAAUCUCUACUGAAACAGAAGUUCAGACUGUGGAAUUGCUUCAACGACGUGAUGUGGGAAUGUUUGGUCUCAGAUCAGAAUAUUUAGUCAGAAGGAUAACUGUCCCAAUUGAUUUGCCUACAAAACCCAGAGUGAAAUCCACUCCCCAGCGAAGUGGCCUCCGGGAAAGACGAAGACCAGAAUCUCCUGAAAAUAGGUUGCCUACAGUCUCAGAAAGUUGGGUGCCAGAAGAAGAUCUUGAUUUGUGGGAAAUAAGAGAAUUUGGGGAAAUGGUGGAAAAGAAGAAGAGAGAACACCUGCGUGAUCGCCAGGCUCAUCAGCAGCAAGCCCAACAAAGUGCUGAGAAAAUUAAAGCUCAAAUGGAGGCUCAACUUGUACAACAGAGACUAGCGUUACAACAAAAAAGAUUGUUAGAGUCAUCUGGACAGACCACAAAGACUCCCAAUAAAAUCUCUUUGGUUACUUCAACGAUUACUACUUCUGCUACUACCUCUACCAAUGCUAAGACUUUUCCUAGUGUUAGGAGGAUAUUCACUAGUCGUACUCCCAAAACUGAGGUCAAGUCAUUGGCAUCCAUUAGUACCUCCACUGCAAAAGUUCCAAUCACCACGACCAUCUUACCCAAGUCUCCUCUCGUUGUCAGAGCGCCUAAUGCGGCAAAUUCAGCCACUGCGGCUGGCACCAGACCAACAGUUCUCACUCUUGGAGGCCAAAUUGUUCGUCCUCCUGUUGUCCAGAAUCCAACUACUCCUACAACUCCAAUACGAACACAAAUACAGCUUAUACAAGGUCCUAAUGGACAACUACAAGUGAGAGGACUUUUACCAGGACAACAAUUGAUCAGGCUAUCGGAUGGACGAUUGCAGUUGCUCACAAUUCCCACCGUGCAACAAACGCAGCCGGAACAGCAGCAGCAGGCAGCCCCUGCCGUUCAGUUACCCGCUCUUCGCCCUGCGAUUUCCCUAGCUCCUGCUGCAUCGGUGAAUACUGGGGCUGCAGUUGCUACUUUAGCUGCUCCUGCACCUGCACCUAUUUCUCUCUCCAUGCCUACUGUUGCUAGCAUUGGUGCUCCAGGUACCAUCCAGCUGGUUUCCCAAGGACAGACUGCUCAAAUUAAGUUUCAGUCUCCUGUUGCUAUAUCUCCAAAUUUGGCUGCAGCCACUACAGCUGCUGUUACAACAACACCACAAAGUAAAUUAAUUCAGAUUAGACCACAAACUCAAGUAUUACAAUCUCCAACAAAAAUUGUACGUCCUGUCACUCCAGCUGGCCAGCAAGUGAGGAUCCAAACUCCCAUCACCAUUCCAGGUAUCGGAACUGUGGUCCAACCCAUCGUUACGACAGCAGCCACCCAAGUUGCUGUGGCUACUAGCCAGACGACUACAGUGGGAAGUAAACUUUUACUGCCACCAACUCCUGUAAAAAUUACUACUCCAGAAGCUAAACAAGUUCUCACCAGCCCAACUAAAGUAGUCACCGUCACAAAAACCGAAGGACAGGCCGGCCCAGGCUUUGUUUUGACCAAUGCUAUUAAGCAGCAGAUUGUGCGACAAGCUCUCAUGAAUCAGCAUGCAUCACCAGAGAUUCAGCAAAAGUUACUGGCCAUGCAACGUCAUCAGCAACAACAGAUGCACAAACAGUUGGAAGCCGAAGGAAAAUCUGUUGCCACACCAAUAAAAAUUGCCAGUCCCCUGACUUCCGUUUUGAUAGACAAAAACAAAGGGAAGACCUUAACUCCCGAACAGAGAGAAGACAGCCAAAGGUUGAUCAUAUGUCAACAAGCUUUGAAAGCCAUCGUUGACCGUGUCGAAAGAGAAGAAAAGAACACGCAACGCAAGCAGAAGAUGAAAGAAACUGCCGAAGAGCGGAAAGUGAGGGCGAGCAAUGCAAAAUUACAGACUCUCCUGGUCAAACAUACUGAACUCUUGAGAAGGGAUAUCCUCAAAAAGAGAUCUGUAAUGGAGAAGGAGAUUCAGGUGGAAAUACAGGCUGAAGUUCAAGUGGAAGUUAAGAAACGUGAGGCCCUCACGACAGCAAUACCUCCACAAGCUUUAACAGUCCAGGCGCCAGCAGUUCAGCAAAAAGUCAACAAAACAGUCAAAUCUCCGAAGAUUGCUCCAAGACCAGCUGCUGUCAAGACCCAAGUCAGAGCAAAUAAAGCGGUCAAAAUUGUUCCUAAUAAACCUGUUAAAAUUGAAAAGGAAAUGAAAGAUGAAAAAGUUAUCAGGCCUCCCAAGAAAAGAAAAUCACAGUCUGGCGACAGUGAUGCAGGCGGCAACGUUGAACAAAACUCGAGGAGUACCAAGAAACAAAAAACUAUUGCGAUCACUAAACCUGUUGAUCAUAAAGCAUUGGACCAGAGGAAGCUCUACUGCAUUUGUAAAAAGCCAUAUGAUAGCAAAAGGUUUAUGAUUGGCUGUGAUAUGUGUUCAAAUUGGUUCCAUGUCGAGUGCAUCGGCUUGACUGAAGCCAAAGCGAAAUCCAUGUCCCGAUAUGUGUGCAAUGAUUGUACAAAAGCCACAGAGAAUGCAGCAGAAGAACUCUACUGUCUAUGUCGGUCACCUUAUGAUGAAUCUCAGUUUUACAUUUGUUGCGAUCGAUGCCAAGAUUGGUUUCAUGGCCGCUGUGUGGGUGUUCUUCAAAGUGAAGCAGACUCCAUUGAUGAAUACAUCUGUCCAAAUUGUCAGAGCAAUACUGAUAUCAAUCAUGCAAACUUGAAGAUGCUAGAAGAUAAAGAUUAUGAGAGUAUAAGAAGAUUGCUCAAAACACUCAUGGCACACAAACAUGCUUGGCCUUUUAUGAAGCCUGUGGAUCCCUUAGAAGCUCCAGAUUAUUACAAAGUGAUAAAAGAGCCAAUGGAUUUGAAAACUGUGGAGCACAGACUCAAUAACCACAUUUACAAGAAACUGGCUGAUUUUAUUGGUGAUAUGACGAAGAUAUUCGACAAUUGUAGAUAUUAUAACCCGAGGUCAUCCCCUUUUUAUAACUGUGCCGAGAUGUUGGAAUCUUAUUUUGUACAAAAAAUUAAAGUUUUCAGAGAGAACAUUACAUGAGUAGUUGUGAAAAUAAAAGGUGUGGAUGAUUUCAUGUUCAUCUGACCCAGUAGCGUAUUUUAACUAAGAGCCUCUUCCCACCUGCAAAAAGCCAUCAUCCAUAAGCAAAUAAUGGUUUUGUAAAUACUUCAAAAAUUGAAAAUAUCAUUCUCUUUAGUAGUAUGCAAUGUGGCUCAUCUGCUUAAAAGUACCCGUGAGCCCGAGGGGUGUCAACGACAAGUAGCGGAUUCUCGUGUCGAAGAAAUUGCUUCAUUCUGUCCAUCGUGGGGAAGAAAUAGUGUAUAUAAGAACUCUGACCAUAAGAAAAAAAUUCAUUUGCAGUAGAAGCCAAAAUUUUCAUUGCACUUGUAAUAUAUUGUUAUUCAUGGUGGACUUGGGAUUUUAAGCUGAAAUUUUACAUCUAACUUGUUUUGUACUGGUCACACUCAUAAUUGUCGAAAGUAAUUGAAUGGGAAAUCCUGGAGACGCAAG